GACGCGGCGCGUCGAGAUGGGCAGUUGUUUGUGGGUUGCGCGCUCGGUCGGUCGCGGGUGUAGUACAGGAUACAGUGAUGAAGUGGUUGGCUCUGUCGUGUUUCCUAAUGUGGGCGAGACAUGGGGAGGGGGGUGCGCUCAAAUGUUUGCCAGAAGACGAUGCGUGCUCUUCGCAACUAUCAAAAGAAGUAGAACAACAAGAAAUCGAUAUCCGCCGGCCGAGUUCAGCCGACGCGCCUGCCGAGUGCUUGUCAGGCAGCGAAUGGGAGAGCAACUGCCAUAAAUGCCGCUGCGUGGCAGGCGGGGCGCAGUGCGUGCGGCGGCCCGAGUGCGAUUCUAUCGAGGAGCCGGUCCGCUGCAAGCCUAACACCACGUUCGAGCGCGACUGCAACACUUGCCGCUGCUUGGAGAACGGACUCGGUAUAUGCACUAUCAUGGAAUGUGCGAGUGUUACUACAGAAGCAGCCCCGUCGAAGCCGAUUAUACCUAAAGGCGUGGACUGCGCCCCGGGAACAACUUGGCAGAGCCAGUGUAACGAGUGCGUCUGCUCUCCAGAGGGCCGGCGGUACUGUACGGACAAGGCGUGUCCCGGACAUAUUAUACCUAAAGGCGUGGACUGCGAUCCGGGGACAACUUGGCAGAGCCAGUGUAACGAGUGCGUCUGCUCUCCAGAGGGCCGGCGGUACUGCACGGACAAGGCGUGUCCCGGACAGGAGACAGAGCCCCUCCUGCGCUGCGCGCCGCAGAGCCAGUGGAAGAACGACUGCAACAUGUGCUGGUGCAACUCCGGCCGGGCUAUGUGCACGAAGAUGGGCUGCGUCGGCAUUCCUAGUGAGAUGCAUUUCGACGACAGAAAAGGAGAUCCAGAGGCAGUAGACAUCCCAGAACCGAACGAUUUGCCUGAAGUACCAGAUCUUAACAGUAAUGAUAUACUUGAAUCUGAUGCAAAAGAUCAACAUAUAAGCGAAAAUUUAGAUCUGGAUACAAAUACUGAUCUAACUGAAGAUCUUACUGGAGUUCAUCUUAAAGAAUUAGAAGAUUUCGAUCAUAAUGACGUAGACACACCAAUACAAAUACCAGAUCAAGUUAUGACUGAUUUUGCAGCUAAUAAUAGUACAAACGUUCUCGGUGAAGAUUUAGAAUUAUUAGAAGCUUUAUUAAAUGAUAAAACUAAAGGAAAAACUGAUGAGCAAACGUCUGAUAAUUCGAAAGUUAAAGUCGAUAAAAUAACUGAAGAAGAAAAAGCAGCAUCUGAUAUUGUAACAGAAAAUAAAGACGUUGAAAUAUUGGACGAUUCUUAUAUUAAUCAAAGUGAAACAGAUCACCGUGUCAAGAGAUCGGCGUGUAAACCAAAUGAAGAUUUCUUGGAUGAUUGCAACACUUGCAAAUGCUCGGAAACUGGGCAAAGUUAUAGUUGCACGCAGAACGAAUGUAUGGACAAAGAUGGCAAAGACGGGGGUAAAGAUGUGGAUAAGGAAGUUGAAGUUUUCAUGGAAAAUGAGGGUGUAGAUCACAUAGAGCGGCACUCGGUGUGCAAGCCGAGCACGACAUUCUAUGUCGGCUGCAACCCCUGCCACUGCAACUCGGCUGGCACCGACUUCACCUGCACCAACAAGCCUUGUCCUCUGCCCGAAGAUGUCGAGGUCUUCCAUGAACUACACGCCCCUAAAUCCGCAAAAAACGCCACAAAGAAGGUUUGCGUGGAGAACCGAAUGUUCAUAAUGAACUGCAACACCUGCUGGUGCAACGAGGACGGGACCAGUUACUUCUGCACUCGGAAAGUGUGCGUGAACACAGACGAGCCGGUCGUGGAGGAGGGAACCGAGCAGAAACUCCGGAUCGUAAAGAAGGAAUGUCGUCCAGGCGAAGUGUUCGAGAUCGAUUGUAACAUGUGUCACUGCAACCCCGACGGGAAGUCGUACUCUUGCACGCGUCGGGCCUGCUUCGACGAGAAGAACCAGACAGUAAUCAGAAAGACCAGAGCCACGCCGCAGGAGGCGCCAAAGAACUGCCAGCCGGGGCAGGAGUUCCGCAUGGACUGCAACAAGUGUCUCUGCGACAACGAGGGGCAGAACUUCUCCUGCACCCGCAUCGACUGCACGGCGCUCAACAACAACAACAACAACGGCAACAGGAGAAAGAGAGACGCGUCGCAGAAAGUGUCAGCGGACUGCGUGCCGGGCAGCGUGUUCGAGCAGGGCUGCAACGUGUGCCGCUGCACCGAGGACGGCGGGCACGCCACCUGCACGCUCAAACGGUGCCAGAGCAAGGAGAACGCCACGCUCACCGGUGAGUGGCUGCAACGUGUGCCGCUGCACCAGGACGGCGGGCACGCCACCUGCACGCUCAAACGGUGCCAGAGCAAGGAGAACGCCACGCUUACCGGUGAGUGUUGCAUGUUCGAGCAGGGCUGCAACGUGUGCCGCUGCACCGAGGACGGCGGGCACGCCACCUGCACGCUCAAACGGUGCCAGAGCAAGAAGAACGCCACGCUCACCGCGACCGAGUCGAGCUUCCGUUGCAACCCCGGCGAGCAGUUCAAGCAGUCCUGCAACGACUGCAGCUGCUCGGCCGACGGCAAGAGCGUGUUCUGCACGCUGCUGGUCUGCGACGACGAACUCUCGCCCUAAUAGUAUUACCUACUCUAGUGUGUAGACCCUUUGAACGCCGGCGACGUCAUAUCACGUCAUAUAACAAAUACCGGGUGUGGCCUGUAACAUGAGCAAAUAAUUAAAACAUAGAUUGUACUCCUCAAACGGCGACACUUGUGUUCAACAACUUUUAAAAAUUAUGAAGUAUUUAGACUACCUAUUUUUCAUACAAAAUAAAUAUUAUCUUCAAUGGACGCCAUCGCCACACCAUAUCAUUGUGAUUUGACGUUGCUGUCACGCCUUAAACAUAACAAAUUUCGCAAUACAUUGCGUCUUAGAAUAAAGUUUAAAGUGUAUUAAAAAUCAAACCACAAGUUAUUUUUAAAAGUCGCUGAACAAAUGUUGGUCAGUAUGAGGAGUACAGCCUACAGUUUCAUUUUUUGCUCAUAUUACAGGCCACACCCUAUAUAACAAAUAUGUACAAAUCAUUUAUUGUUACAGAUGUGCAUAAUCAUUGACGUAUAAUAUCUCAGGGCUGGAAUUACGGGCAUUAAGAAUGGGGCAUGAGUGGGGCCAGUACAGCGGUGUGACACCGCUACAACGCGAUUGGUUGAUGAGUUCGCAUCACGCGCGCGAUUGGUCGCAACUAUAGCUGCGUUAGGCUGCGCGAUUGGCUCGAAUUGGUGGGUGACACCGCUGAACUAGUACCAUUUUUAGUGCCCGUAAAGCCAGUCCUUAGAUAUAAUACGUCAAUGUGCAUAAUUAUUUCCCAUCGUAUUUUCACGGAAACGUACGAACGUGUCUUGCUAUUUCAGUCAGUCUCGGUACAAAAAGUAUUGAAGUUGACUGGAGUAGCAUGACAAAUACGAACGUUUCCGAGAAAAUACGAUGGAAAAUAAUGCACUACAUCUUUAGAAAGCGGCGCCACGAUAGUUUUGUCGAUGAUGUCAGUUAACUAUCUGAUUAAAUGACUGGACAGUGUUUCUAUACUUUUUUUUUAUAAUUUUAUUGUUGUUUUAUUUCUGUGUCUUGUAAAUCUAAUUAAUAACAUCGUGUAGCGUGAAUGCGGCGUUUGGCGUUCAGAAGGUUAAAAGAUUAGCUACGCCGAAUUCCUAUAAAAUACAUGUCGGUUCUCAGCAACUAUCGAGAUAUAAAACAAGAAUUGACCGAUUACUACUAUAUUGUGCCAAUGCCAAUUAAUAAAAAGCGACUUCCCAUGUACGGCACGUGGAUUUUUAUAUAUUAUUUAUAGCCCAUAUGUAUACUGUAUUUUAGCACACCGAUUGCUAUUGUUAUAAUUAUUAGUUUAGAAAACAAUUGAAUCCAAUAAUUAAAAUUGUUUUUUAAUACAUUUAUUUUCAACACGUCAAUUCACAUCUUUUUACCCCUUUGAUCGCUAGAGACGUUAGAAAAACAAAAACUCCAAGACGUCAUUUGACGUCAAAUUACUUGCGUAUUUGCGCUUAAAAGUUUAGAGCUGACUACGUAAUAUGGUGAAGAGGACAUUGUUGUAAAUUAACCUUUUGGACGCCAAUGCACCGCAGGUCCAACGCCAAAGACGGAUAAAUCCGUCACAGACCACAGCGCAACAUCGACCUACGUGGAUAUACAUAAAGUUCAACUGCAGUUUUGACACUUCGGUGACGUGGCGUUCGAGUGAUAGCUUUUGCGUUUGACACGGCGUCGAAAAGGUUAAUCUUUUAUCCACGCCACAGUAAAAUGUUAUAUACAGGGUGAUUUCUGGGUCGUGACUUGUCAUCUGGAAAAUAAUCAUCAUUAUUGGUGAUAAACAAUAAUUAACAACAUCAUUAGGCUCAUCUUUGGAUUCUGUAUGAUGUCUGGCUCUCUUGCUCCACGACCCCGAAAUCACCCUGUAUAAAUAUAACCCCCAUGUUUCUAUAUAGGUAUCAUAUUAACUAUUAAGUACUUAUCUAAUAAAUGUACGUCAGAUACUGCAGCUCGUUAAUAUACAUUUGUUUUGUUUUAAUUUAACUAUUGUAAUUGAACUGUGUUACACAUAAGUAGUGAUUUAUAAGUGAUUUUAGAGUUAUUUCUAAAAUAUUUACUACAUAGGUAGAUUGUAUGGAAUCGGUAUUUCGGUAACCAACUUAAGUCAGUAUUAGUGAUUAAAUUGACGUCCUUUGUUUCGUGAUAACCGAUUCUGUUAAUGUGUACAUGUAUCAUUAUUUUCAUUAAUGUGAUUUAUAUAACAUUAAAUUACUUAUGUAAAAUAUGUACAACUAUCCAAUGUUUCUGAGAUUAAAGAACCUUUAAACCGCCAAUAUUCGGUCGGUUCGGACUUAUGCAAAAAUGUCACUCACACGCCAACAUUGGUAUCUAGACGAGUUAAUACAAACCUUGCUCAAGCAACAACAAUAAAUGAUUGCUUGAUUGAACAAGGAUUAUUUCAUACAGGAUAUUUAAUGGCGUAUGGUCGUUCUUGGCGUUGCGAUUACAAUCCAAAUUUAAACCUUAUAAACGCCAUAUUUGUUAUUCCUUAGGUACGUUAUGCUGCAUAGGUACUGGUUGUGCGUGAAUGACAUUUUGAAAUACCUAUAUCUGAAAGUUGCUAAAGAGUUACUCUGCAUUUAUGUAAAGGUCUGGAUUGAAAAUGAAGACGUAAUAAAUUGAUCUUAAAUACAUUUAUCUUAAUAGACACCUUAAUAUACAGGUUUGCCAGGGAGGUUUUGGGAUUAUUCUGAACGUUUAUUAUGGGACCAACCCCGAAACCGCUAAAAAAAAAUUUGGCUGUUUCAUUCAUUUUGGCUGGUCCAUUUUCCAUGGGAGGGUAAAUUUUUUUCGCAAAUUCGGGGGUGGUCCCUUAGUAAAAGUUGUUCAGUAUAAUCCCUAAACCUCCCUGGCAACGGGGAUGCACUUAUUUUUUGGCCAUCCUGUAUAGGUAUGAAUAUUUUUGUUCUAGCUGUACCGAAAUAGAAAUAAUGAAUCGGAACUAGUUAACAAACAUUAAAUAAUACUAAAUAUAUCAGUUUUUUUUAUUCCAUUAGUAAAAACACUUUCUAUGUGAGAAAUAUACCAUUUUUAGAAUUUUAUCCCCCAAAGACGGUAUAUCACGUCUACGGCAAAUUACGGUUGAAAUGUCACGACAUUAGACAAUCAAGUUCUGUAAUACAUAACUCUGUAUGCAUAUUCCUACUUUUUCUAUUAUUGUAAAUGAAUUACUAAUGUUGGUAUAAGUAGACGAGGAGUCUAAACUACGGCCCGCGGGUCUGAUCCACCCCAUAUCGGUUUGCAUAUUCGGCAAAAGCGAUAAGGAGUCGUAUAUAUUUCGAUGUUCGCUGUAGACUCUAAUAUAUUCCGCGAAAAGGAAACUGAGGCGUGGAUGUGACCCAAGGGUCAAAAAGUUUCGCUCUUGUUUGAACCUACCUAUGCUAGUACCUAAUCUGUGUAUCAAUAGGGUAUUUGACUGUAUUUAAAAUAAAUUAUUUUCAUCUCUCCUGUUCGGAAAGUUCACCUUUCAUAGGCUGAUAGGCGGGUGGAAAAUUUCAUUUCCCCCCCUGGGGUGGAAAGUAAUUUUUCAUCUCUCCUGUUCGGAAAGUUUACCUUUCAUAAGCUAACCGGGUGGAAAAUUGCAUUUCUAUAUUUCCGUGUUCUUAUAACCUGGCAACCUUCAAAUCAAGAGUGAACAGGCACCUUCUGGGCGAGCUCGCUCCAUCGUAGGCCACGUCUACGCCUCGGCUAGUCUGUGGCCAUGAGUAAGCCCAUUCAUAAUACAUAUAUAAAAAAAAAAGGGUGGAAAGUAAUUUUUUUUUAAUUUUUACUUCGAGCAACGGCUAACAGCAAUAUAUGCCAUAUUAUAAGCUCUCAUAUCAGCUUCCGCAUGACUGAAAUUGGCGCCGUUUACAUUUUCAAGUGAUUCGAGUGACUUAUAGUUAUGUGGUUUACCUAUAUAUCUGUUAAUAAUUUGUUCUAAAGAAUUAUACUUACCAAUAAUAAACCUACAUUUCUCGUGUUUAACUUUCCUCAUAGUCGAAAUGAAAAAUAGAGUGUUUAACUCGGGUAAAAGUAACCAUCUCACCCUCGAACUAUUGGCGCUCUCUCUUCGUUCGAGCGCCAAAAUAUCUUGGGUGAAAUGGUUCACUUUCCAACAAUCUACUAUUUACACCAUGCAUGAAAUAAAGCACCAGAUGAUAAUAGAGAAACGUAGACAGCAGUUAUUUUUAGACACAAUUUCUAUUUUAAAGCCCUUAUUAAACUAUAAAGAGUAGGUAUGUAAUUUGACUGUGACGUCACAUGCUAGUGUUUCAUACCAGUCAGACCGUAAAAAGUCUGCAGCGAUUUUGAUAGCCCACGCAGUGCAAGUGUCAUUUUAAACGUCAAUCUUCUAUGAAAUUAUGACGUAUACAUAACACUUAUACUGCGUGGGCUAUCAAAUCCGCUGCAGACUUUUAUUGGUGGGACUAUAGUAGCAAAAUCAUUUGGACAGUUCGAAAAAAGAAACUGAUUUGACUAGUAUAUGUUGUAUUCAUUCGAUAUCUCUGGUCUUAUAAAAGGUGGUCAAAUUCGUUUUAUAAGCGGCUGACUUCGUACAAUUCGUACCCGAUAAGUAUUAGAAUAAUUACAUAAUACUUAAGUUUUGAACCGCUAGGAAAUAAAAGUUUUCAAUUCAC